AUGCCAGAGGUCGUCCACCCAGAUCUCUCCACAAUUGUGUUGAGGAUGUCUGGAUUGCCUCAAUCACCCCAGGUUCCCAAGAAGAAACCCUUUGGCCCUGCUACAGCAAUUGCCAGCAGACAUUUGGAGGUGAUGGAGACCUUGCAAUUGAUGUUCAAUACCCCAGUGGAGGCACCACCAGUCAUUGAUGCAGAUGACAUCCUCAUACCUGGACCAUGUGUCCAUGCACUAAUGGAACCCACAGAACAACCCAUGUCAGGCUUGCAACAAGCAAGGGUUGCCCUGCACCACUUGGACACCAUCAAAGCUCCUUCUACCACCCAAUUGAAGGCCCAAAUGUGCAGUCAAUUGUGUGGCCCAUCCAGCACUCCAAGUGUCUCUGGUGUGACAACACCACAGAUGCAGACAUGCAGUCACAGCAAGACAAUCACUGCUGUCAAGGCACCUGCACCUGCACCAGCUCAUAAGUCCCCUGAACUUUUUAUGACCAUCUCACCUUAUUAUUCUCUUGUAGCAAUUGCAUCUUCAAGCUCAGCAGUGCCUCCUGCAGCACUCAAUGUGCCCAUGCUGGACCUCCAUGCCAUAUCAAUGGCAAUUCGGGGGGGUGCAGCUCAAAUCACCACUCUUGAGGCUUGUGUGGUUGAGCAGGGUGCCAUCCCAGAGUCCAUGUCACCCCCCGAAUUAGCACUCCCUCCUCUCAUUGAUCUGUUGAUGGCAGGGAUGGAGCCCACACUCCAAAAAUUCAGGGAUUCCUCUGUCAUUGAAGGUCUCGUGUUUGAGCUCAGCCAAGUUCAACACUACCAGACCUGUUGCCAACUCCUGAGGGUCCCCAGAGUUCUGGGGAAGUUGUGA